AUGAUGGAUAAUGAAGAAAUUAAGGUAAAAGAAAUUCAUCGUUCUCCUCUUGAAGGGCAUAAACAUUUUCCAUUUUGUGACGAAAAUUUUACUAAUAAUAUUAUACAUUGUGAUAUGAUAAAAUGUAUGAAUAAAAAAGGUCAAGAGAAAUUAAAAAAAUUAUUAAAAGUUAAUAAUAAUUUAAUAUAUGAUAAUAUUCUACAUCUUAAUAUAUAUGUUAAAAGUAUAUGGUUAUGUAUGAAUUUAAAAUGUACAUUCUCUAUUCAUGAUUUAAUAUUAAUUGCACGGUCUUUUAAAAACACAGAAAUUUUGUAUGAUAAUAAUUCUUUUAAUACAAACUUAGAUGAUUCAUUAUGUAAAGAAGAUAAAACUGUUAACUCUUUCUAUAUUUAUUUUCAUAAUUAUAAAAUUAGAAAAAAUGUAGUGAAAAUUUUUUUUCAAAACCCUUAUGUUGUUUGUUUUAUUCAUAAAAAUGGAUCAAUUCACCUACACGGAUCGGCUACAUUACGGAAAAUUUUAUUAAUUUUAAUAAAAGUGGUGAAAAAAUUAAAAUAUAAAACCUUUUGGACAUAUUUAAAACAACAAGAAGAUGACAAGAAAGAAAUGUUAAACUAUGAUAAAUAUCAAGAGGAUGACUAUAUGUCCAUUGGUAGCAAAGGAGAAUUUAGUUCUUUAUGUAGUGAUAAUAAUGGUGAUAAAAUGUUUGAAAAUAAUUAUCGACAAGACGAAAAAUAUUAUGAACAGGAUGGAAAAAAUUAUGAACAGGAUGGAAAAAAUUAUGAACAGGAUGAAAAAAAUUAUGAACAGGAGGAACAAAAUUAUGAACAGGAGGAACAAAAUUAUGAACAGGAGGAACAAAAUUAUGAACGGGAAGAAAAAAAUUAUGAACAAACAGUUCAUAUUAAUAAAAACACAAACUUAAACAACCAAAAUAAGGACGAACGGGUAUGUAGUGAUCAAUCAGAUAUAGAUAUAGAUAUAGAUAAAAAUAUAGAAAACGCAUUUGUGAAUUAUGAAAAUUUUUUGGACGAUUUUAGUGAAGAUAAUAUGAGCGAUGCAUGUGCAGAGAAACAACCAGAAGAGUUAAAUAUCAUGGAGGGAUUAGAAAAAAGUGACGAUAUUAUGUCUGACGAUAGUAGAAAUAAUGUUGACGAUUUGAACAAAAAUAUUUGUGUAACAAACGAAACGGACAUUAAUAAUACUAUUAAUAGUUGUGAACACAUGAUUAAAAAAUUAAAUGCGACGUUUGAAAAUUAUGAUUUUUAUGGAGAUGACGAAUUAUAUGAAAAGGUUAUAUCAAAAGAUAAGAACAAGGAAGAAAAAUUAGUGGAUGAUAAUUAUUAUGAUGAUAUAAACAGUGAAUGCAAUAUUAUAAAAAGCGAUGAAGAUAUUCAUUUUAAUAUAAAUAAUUUAGAUGAUGAUAUGAAUUUUUUAACAUAUGAUUUAAACUAUAAUGAUUUAAAUAAUAAUAAUAAAGAUAUAAAGAAAAAAGAAAAUAUUAUAAGUAAUAAUAAUAAAAAUAAUAUUUCCUCUAAAUCGUUUGUUAAAAUUAAUGAUAAUGACUGUUCGGAAAAAAAAAUAACAUCUUAUAAUAAUAAUAAUAAUAAUAAAGAUCAUAUAUUUGAUAAUGGUUUUUUUUAUUUUGAAGAUGAAAAAAAACAAUUAUUAAGCAAAAAGGAUAUUUAUAAAAUCGAUAAAUACCAAAAAUGGAAAUAUAUUAUAAGAGAUGAUAUUAUUUUUGAUAUGAAUUCUUUAAACAUUAAACAGUUUGUAUGUGUAUUUAAAAUUCAACUAAGAUAUUUUGAUAUAUCAAGAAUCUCUAUGUAUUCAGAAUUUAAAAAUAUUUUAAUUGAAAUAAAUAAUAUUAUAUAUAUAAGAAUUGAUCAAAAUUUCUUAAGUAAAUUAAUGGAGCAAGGCACCUUACAUAAAUAUAUUAAAACAGAUACUAUGAAUAAUCAAAAAGAAAAUAAAAAAAGUACAAUUAGGACAGUACUUUUAUUUGGAUCUGGUAAUGUUAUUAUUUAUGCUUGUAAGAGUAAGAGAGAAAUAUUAUGUAUAACUAGAUUUAUAAUUAAUGCCCUCAAAAGAAAUAACAACAUAAUUUUAUAG